AAGGAGCAGCGGCAGCAGACGUGCGCGUGAGCCUUGUCAGCAGCCUGGAAGUGUAGCUCGCGCUGUGCUGCGGCUGGAGGAAAAGCCGAGCUCGUGACCCGGUGUAUGAGUGUGUGCGGGCCGCACGCGCAGCUCCUCCCGCUCCUGAAACGUGCUGUGGCCGGGCGGACGUCUCGGUGUCCCGCAUCGCUCCGCGUCAAGUGUCCGCUGCUUGUGAGAAGCAUGAAUGACUUUGCCGUCCUCAACACGGGCCGUAAGAUGCCCCUCCUGGGACUGGGAACGUGGAAGAGUGAGCCCGGGAAGGUGAAACAGGCGGUCGUCUGGGCGCUGGAGGCGGGCUAUCGCCACAUUGACUGCGCCGCCAUCUACGGCAAUGAGGUGGAGGUGGGCGAAGCCUUGCAGGAGACCCUCGGGCCCAACAAGCUGCUGAGACGAGAGGACGUGUUCGUCACGUCCAAGCUGUGGAACACCCGACACCACCCGGAGGACGUGGAGCCGGCCCUCCUCAAGACCCUGAAGGACCUGAAGCUGGAGUACCUGGACCUCUACCUCAUCCACUGGCCCCACGCCUUCCAGCGAGGAGACGCUCCGUUCCCCAGGAAGGAGGACGGCUCGCUGCUGUACGACGACCUGGACUACAAGCUGACCUGGGCCGCCAUGGAGAAGCUGGUGGAGAAGGGCCUGGUCCGCUCCAUCGGACUGUCCAACUUCAACGCCCGGCAGAUCGACGACGUCCUGUCGGUCGCCAGCAUCAAGCCCACCGUGCUCCAGGUGGAGAGCCACCCGUACCUGGCCCAGGUGGAGCUGCUGGCCCACUGCCGGGCCCGGGGCCUGGUUCUGACGGCCUACAGCCCCCUGGGGUCUCCGGACCGGGCCUGGAAGCACCCGGACGAGCCCGUCCUGCUGCAGGAGCCCGCCAUCGCCGCGCUGGCCCACAAAUACCACAAGUCCCCCGCUCAGAUCAUCCUGAGGUGGCAGACCCAGCGAGGAGUCGUCACCAUCCCCAAGAGUGUGACCGAGUCUCGCAUCAAAGAGAACAUUCAGGUGUUUGACUUCACCCUCGAAGCAGAGGAGAUGAAGAGCGUCACAGCGCUGAACAGAGGCUGGCGCUACAUCGUACCAAUGAUUGAAGUGGGAGGAAAGAAUGUUCCCAGGGAUGCAGGACAUCCUCACUACCCCUUCAACGACCCCUACUGACGACCCCCGCCGCCACCCCGAUCUGUGCCUUCAACGCCACCGAGCCCCGCCCCCACCGCCACACGUCCUCGCCGCCCCGUUCGUCUUCACGUCUCAGUCAAUACCUGCUCUCACUGUUACAUUUCCGCUCAGACGCCGCCGCCAGUGGUGACUGGGAAACGUGGUGAGACUGUGUCCAUGUUGUGUGCGAUUCUUUUUAUUAAACAUUUUCUAACUUCC